AUGCCUGAACCCGUCAGAGUCCUUGUGACUGGAGCAGCUGGUCAGAUCGCAUAUUCACUGCUGUACAGUAUCGGAAAUGGAUCUGUCUUUGGUAAAGACCAGCCUAUAAUCCUUGUGCUGUUGGACAUCACUCCCAUGAUGGGGGUCUUGGAUGGCGUCCUCAUGGAACUGCAAGACUGUGCCCUUCCCCUCCUGAAAGAUGUCAUCGCAACGGAUAAAGAAGAGGUUGCCUUCAAAGACCUGGAUGUGGCUAUUCUUGUGGGCUCCAUGCCCAGAAGGGAUGGCAUGGAGAGGAAAGAUUUACUCAAAGCUAAUGUGAAAAUCUUCAAAUCCCAGGGUGCCGCCUUGGACAAAUACGCCAAGAAGUCAGUUAAGGUCAUCGUGGUGGGAAACCCAGCCAAUACCAACUGCCUGACUGCCUCUAAGUCGGCUCCAUCCAUCCCCAAGGAGAACUUCAGCUGCUUGACUCGUUUGGAUCAUAACCGAGCUAAAGCUCAGAUUGCUCUUAAACUUGGUGUGACUUCUGAGGAUGUAAAGAAUGUUAUUAUCUGGGGAAACCAUUCCUCAACUCAGUAUCCAGAUGUCAACCAUGCCAAGGUGAAACUGCAAGGAAAAGAAGUUGGUGUUUAUGAAGCUCUGAAAAAUGACAGCUGGCUCAAGGGAGACUUCAUCACAACUGUGCAGCAGCGGGGCGCCGCCGUCAUCAAGGCUCGAAAACUGUCCAGUGCGAUGUCUGCUGCGAAAGCCAUCUGUGACCACAUCCGGGACAUCUGGUUUGGAACCCCAGAGGGAGAGUUCGUGUCCAUGGGCAUUAUCUCUGACGGCAACUCCUACGGUGUCCCCGACGACCUGCUGUACUCGUUCCCUGUUACAAUCAAGAAUAAGACAUGGAAGAUUGUUGAAGGUCUCCCUAUUAAUGAUUUCUCACGUGAGAAGAUGGAUCUUACUGCAAAGGAACUAUCAGAAGAAAAAGAAACUGCUUUUGAAUUUCUUUCCUCUGCCUGA